AUGCAGCAAAAUGGCGCCACAAGCUCGGUCGAGGGAAACAAUAACUCAGCUUCUACCUCUCCAUUACCUCCACCAAGGAAAUUAACGGAGGCUGCUUCUUCAACAUCUAUUACAUCGGCAAGAGGAGGAGCGGGUGGAUCAAAUGUGAUGUCUGAGGUCGGAAGCACGCUCGGAACGACAAAAGACUACAGUUCAUUGUCAGCGUUUAAUUCAUUUUUGAAUAAUUCUGUGUUUCCUCUUGAGGAUUUGAAUAAUGUUGCACAAGCUUUAAAACCUCCUGAAAAGAAUAAUAUUCCUGUAUCUUCCAGUCAAAAGGGGCCAUCUGUUUUUUCAAGAUUCACGAAAAGGAUUAAUGUUCGAUUUAAGGGAAAAACUUUUCUUGAAAUUCCGACCUAUCCUUUUGUAAAUAGUGAUAAUGAAACAGAACAGGCAACAUCAAAAUCUCCCACCAAUGCUGGAACCAGAUCAAAACCAUCUUCGGCACAAGGAAAAAGAGGACCACCCUCUCGACCAAGUUCUUCUUCCAAAAAAACUCAACAACAGAAUAGUAACAACACCACCACAAGUUCAAACACCUCUCAAACAGAGGAAGACAGUAUUCAAAAACUUUGGGAGCACAGAUUUGUGUACUUUCUUGUCAGCAAUUUUCAAGCUAACUCUGGACAAACUGAGAUGCAUCACACACUGAUUGAAUCACAGGAUUUUUUAAUCGAGAAAGAACAUUGUGUAGUAUUUGAAACUUUGCAAGAUUUGGUGUAUUAUGAAUCUUGUCCUUUUGUUUCGUUUUUAAUAAGGAGAGAGUUUGACCCUUCACUUCCAUCGUCGUCCGUUGCAGAAAAAAAGAAAAAUGGCCUUACAAACACCAAUGCUCAAAAGAAAGACGCCACAGCCAUCAAUCCACCAGUUUCUAAUUUAGCCAAGAAAGAUAGUGCUCCUCUCCCUCCUGGAUUACCAACACCAUCCACAACCAAGAAGAUUCAAACAGCAAUCACUGCAUCCACUCCGAUCAAUGAAGACGAGCUCAUCGAGUCAAUGAUACAAGAUAUCAAGAGUGCUUUCGGAACGAAUUGUGAAAUUUUGCACACGUUUAAAACUUGUACUUUACCACUUUUCGUGAAUGACAAGUUCGGGUUCACAAAAUCAAAGUAUGAACAAAAACACAGCAAUAAGUACAAGAAUUGGAGUUCUCUUCUAUGCAGAUCAGACACAUUGAAUAUUGGACCAACAUCUCUCAUGGACGAGUCCUUCAAAUCGGAAACUCUUUCAUCUUCUCGAUUUAGCAUGACUCAGGUUCCGACCACCCAUGAAGCGAGUGAAAUUCUUAACCAUAUCAAUGUAAGGAUUGAAGUCGCCGAAGGUACUAGCAUCCUCUCCGAAGAGGUUCAGAAUAAGCUCAACCCUGUACUAAUAUCAAUUUCCUCCCUAAAAGAUUUGCCAAAUGAGAAGUACCUUGCAGACAGGUGCAAGCCUGUCUCUAUAUCAUUCAAUAUUAGAGGUAAAACAUUUAGGACGAAUGGUUACGAACAUGCAUCGUUUAUUUCACUUAAUUACAAGCGAGUGAUAUACUUGGGAAGUAAUUCUGAAAUGGAAAUGUAUAGAGAAUAUUUUUCAAGAAUGCCUAUCGUAUUUGAAGUGCACGACAGAGACCCAAAAGAGGGAGUGGGUAAAUUCUUCGGAAAAGCUGAGGUUUCUUUAAAAACGAUGAUCCUUAAUUCACGAGGUAGAGAGGUCUCUGACAAUUUUCAAAUUCAAGGAGUCUGUAUGCUUCCAGAUGAAUAUGAAAAAGCUGUGAAACGUCUGGAAGAGGAAAAGAAACGAGUAGCAGUAGUCGAAGAAGAAAAGAAAGCAAAAGCAUCCUCGAAAAGCCCAAAAAAACAAAAAUUCCAAAACUAA